CUGCCCUCUCUGCUGCUUCCGGCUUGCACUUCGGUACAGCUAGCACUGGUGCUGCUGCUACAGGACAAGAGCAAUGGCUGGAGGGCCUAUAGACUUCUGGAAUGCGUGGGCGGUUCAGAGCCUGGUGCUGACGAGCCUAACUCUGCAGGUUGCCCUCGUCCUGUUAGCGGGGAUCCGGCGGCGUGGCACAUCCUGGCGUACGUUCAGGUUCAUGCUCUGGCUGGCGUACCAGCUCGCCGACGCCACCGCGAUAUAUGCUCUCGGCCACCUCUCAUUCGACGGUGCCACACCCCGCGAGCAUCGCCUGGUUGCGUUCUGGGCGCCGUUUCUCUUGCUGCACCUUGGCGGCCCGGACAACAUCACCGCCUACUCGCUCGAAGACAACAUGUUGUGGCUGCGACACCUACUUAAUCUCGGUUUGCAGGUGCUGGGAGCUUCCUACGUCCUCUACAAGCAUUACAUCGGCACUCAAGACAUGCUCCUUCUCGCCGCCAUCUUGAUGUUCGUCGUCGGUGUUGUCAAAUAUGGCGAGAGGACAUGGGCGCUCAGGUGCGGCAACAUGGACAUCAUCCGGGGCUCCCUCAAGAAGAAACCACCUUCCAGAUGUGACCUUCUUUACCUUGAGUAUGAGCUCCCACAAGGUGGAUGCAAGGGUAGUGUCGAUGAAGAAGAAUUCCUCAUGUGGCAUGCUCAUUCCCUGUUUCAGUUCUGCAAGCGCGCAAUAGUUGAAUCGUCAGAGGACAGGGACCCGGCCAACCCUGAAAUCAAAGUUCUUCACCACCUCACACAUGAACAGUGGUAUGUGGUGAUGGAGUUGGAGCUGUCACUGCUCUACGACAUCCUGUACACAAAGGCAGGCGUGGUGCACACCUCAUUUGGUUACUGUGUCUGUAUUGCCUCACCAGCCGCUGCUGCAGCAGCGCUGUUGUUCUUCCAGUUCAGUGGCAAAGAUGGUAACAGCAGAGUAGAUGUUGCUAUCACCUACAUCUUACUGGGUGGUGCGUUACUCCUGGAGAUAAGAUCCCUGCUGAGUGCACUUGGGUCUAGUUGGACACUCCCCUUCCUGUGUGCCACAAGAUGGAAUUUCCUGAAACAUGCAUUUCUCUGCAGGGGGAGAUGGGAUCGGCUUCGCCGUUGGAUAGUAUCUCUUCACCGGCUCAUAAAGGUCAUGAGAGUUAGUGGGUGCUUGAGGCCGGCAAGGAGGUGGUCAGGUACUGUGGGGCAAUAUAACAUGUUGCAUUUGUGCAGCCGUCCCAGCAAAAGGAACAGUCCUCUGCCCGGUAGAUUUGCCAUGAUGCUGGGAUUCGAGGAGUGGUGGAACAGGGAGCAUCACUCACAGACCGCCAGGAUUUCAGAGUACCUGAAGGAGAAAUUGAGGCACUACAUUCAUAAAUUAGUCAGGAAUGGCGAAGUGAGCACCCAAGGCAUUGUCAGGAAAAAAUGGGGUGAGUAUGCAAUCCAGUCGAAAUGUAGGAAGCUGUACAAAAAGCUCACAGGCAACCUGCUAGGCGUUGAGUUCCAAGAGGGCAUCAUUAUCUGGCACAUCGCCACCGACCUCUACCUCCUCAACGACAAGCACACUGGGUUGGGAACCAUGGAAGGCCAAGCAUUGUAUGAGCCGGUGAGGGUGUUGUCCAACUACAUGAUGUUCCUCCUGGUGGAACGUCCCUACAUGUUACCAGGCCUUGCCCAGAGCAGAUUGUACCGGCGGACCUGUGAGAAUCUAGUCAAAAUAUGGGGCCAAGAAGGCCAAACGCACCCAGCCCCCAGCUGGCGCGACAUGUUCCGCCUUCGUGAUGGGCCCAAUUCCCGCUCUAGUCUCCAACGGAGAAAGAAGCUCGCCGACAUGGUACAAGAAAAGAAACCAAAUAGUUGUAAUUAAGGGCACCCAGCGCGCAA